UUUGCUUGCCUUUGUAAGAAGUUAAGUCUUGUGAAAACCACCUUUUACAGGUUAAUCUUUCUCUCUCUUUCUCAGCAACCUCCAAGAAGCAAGCUUAAAGUAUCUUUUGUUCCCUUCUCCUCCUCGUCUCAGAGUUUAAUUAUACACGGAAGGAAAUAACUCCUUCAUCUCCAAGAGAAUAAUUCAAAUAGCUCUGAUCCAAGAUUCUUCUCUGAAUCACUCAAAUCUUCAACACUUGUAAAAGGCUGGUGCCGUUUGUCCACAGCCUCUGCACAUGUCUUCAUAGCUCUCUUUUUGACUUCUCUUUCUCCCUCCAACCGCCUCUAUCUUCCAAGUCUUCCAUGACCCUCUUAGCGUUCCACUUUUGAAUCUUUAGCCGCUUUUUCGCUUUGGGUGCCACAAAACCUCAAUUCUUUCGAACCCUUCAACAGGUUUUUUUUUUUUUUUUUCUUGAUUCUGUUCAUCUUUGUUCUUUGUACCCUCUUCCUUCUUUCAUUUUUUAUUUGUUUAGUGGCUAUGGCAAUCAACAUCUGCUCUGAAACUAGUCCUAGAAUUUCAUUUUCUAAUGAUUUUUGUCAAGCAGAUGUUGCAUCCAUUGAUCACUGCAAAUCUAGGAAUUCAGAAUUGUCCAGCUUGGACUCGAGUCCUGAUUUUGAUUUCUGUGUCAGCACCAGCUUUGAGCAUGAGUCCUCCUCAGCUGAUGAGCUUUUCUCAAAUGGUAUCAUCCUUCCCAUCAAAAUUCAGGAAAGAACGGUUGCUCCAAGAUCUGUUGCUUCGCUUCCUCCUCUUCCUAGUCCUAGUACUAAUGAGAGUUUGAAGAAAGAGAGCUCAAAGGGGAUCGCGGUAUCAAGCUGUGAGUCUCAGGAGAAGCUUCAAUCAUCCAAGUCCUUUUGGCCAUUCAAGAGGAGUAGUAGUCUCAAUUGUGAUAAUGUUCAUAGGAGGAGCUUAAUGUGCUCUCUUCCACUUUUAUCGCGAAGCAAUUCAACUGGUUCGGUACAAAAUUCAAAGCGAACAUCCAAGCAGAAUUCACAGAAGCAGCCAUCAAUGGCAAAGUCAUCAUCAUCAUCGUCCUCGGCAUCUUCUACUAAUUUUUAUACCUAUCCAGUGCCACAGAAGCCUCCCUUGAAGAAGAAUUAUGGAGGGUCUUAUGGCAAUGGUGUUUGGAUUAGCCCAGUAAUAAACGUGUCUCCUGCAUAUAUUUCCAAAGGAACUGCAAAUCUCUUUGGUUUGGGCUCUUUGUUUCGCAAUGGAAAAGAGAAGAAGAGUAAGAAAUGACUGUAAGCUUGUUGUCAUCGAUAAAAACUAUGGAUUGAUCAUGUUGUUUGUCCAUGAGACAACUUGAAAUCAAGUAUUACAGAGGUUAGUGGAGAAGAAAUCUAAGAAAGCCAGUUGUGCAGUAGAAAAAAAAAAUGUAUCAAGAGAUAAUUCAGAGGAAUAUUAUUGAUGGAGAGUCUUGGGCAUGUUGAUGUGUGUUCACAUGUUAUGAGCAUAGGAGACACAAAGAACAGGUACCUUUGUUUCAUGGUUGUCUUAUUCUUCUUCUCUUUUUGAUUUCCCUUCAUGAGAUGGGUUUCUUCUGUUUAUUUCAAAGCUGCUUUUUAGUGUUUGUUUAUGCAUGUUUUGUACAUAUAUGCAUACUUUUGACUUGGUUGUUCUCUCCUUUUACAAGAGAGGAUUUGUUUAGGUUACUUGUGUUUCUGAUUGUGAGGCUAAGACAAAAAGAGAUUGCACCAAGGAGUGGAUAUGAAGAAACAAUCAAACAAAUCAAUUAUGAAAUGUCUUUAUUUGCUUGA